CACCACCACCUCUCCACCACCACACACACACACACACACUAUCUCUCACACUAUCUCUCUCUUUCUCUGCUAUGUCCACCCUCAGACGCAGGGUGGGCGCACCAGGCGCGAGCGGGCUGGCUUCCCGAUCCGCAAGCUCGCCCAACCUGACGGCAGCGACCAGGCAGGCCGAGGCAAGACAGGCGGCAGGGCCAGCAGGGCUGUGGAGCACAACCGAGAGCAGCGGUACAGGUGGUGGGAAUGUGGCAUGCGGGAAGAGCAACUGGGCGCUGUUCUCGGUGCCGACGGUCCUCGCCUCGCUGCCGUUUGUGGUCUUUCUGGCCAUUGAUCUGUGCGCGGAGAACAACCCGGAGAACACCAGCACGGCGACGCAGACGCUAGUCUACGUGCUCCUGCUGGCGGUUCUGGUCGCGCCGCCACUGACCCAUGCGCUUGCGGGCUGGUACGCCUCGACUGCCGACUCAUACCGCCUGUGGCAGCCGUUUGAGGGUGGCCUCUCCUUUGUCCUCAUCCAGAUGGUGGCCUGGAUCGCUUACGGCUCGUCCAUCAUCCUCGCCUUUGUCUUUGUCUUCUUUGUCGGCGUCCGCAACGAACCGCCACCGGUCGACGGCCUGGUCGCUUCCAUCGGCGCCGUCGGCCUCUUUGCGCAGGUCGCCCUCCUCUGGUCGCUGGGCUACUUUUCAGGCCGUCGCCUCCGCCCCAGCACGCUCGGCUCGGAUAACGACGACGUCGACUCGGACUCGGAGCCGCUCGCCUCCGACUCGGACGAUGCGCUCGAGUCGCCACAUCUCCGUCGCGCGUCGUCGGUCCGCAAGCUCCGGCGCUCGCAGUCGGUCCGCGCCUACCGAAUCCGUCUCUCGCUGGCGUCGACCUCGGACCUCGACUCGUCGGCCGGCUCGGACACGCUCGCCCCUGCGCUGGCUGCCGCCCGCGGCAGUGCUUCCACACUUGCUUCGCCCGGAUCGGCUCCCGCGGACCUGAUGCCGCUCCCGGCCCUUGUCGAUGCUGACGAUGACGACGCCGUGGUUCCGCCGUCGAUCUUUGCCGGCGCGCGGUGGAACACGGUCGGGACGUUUACCCUCCUCAUGGCCUGCGUCUCGGCCUGCUGCUUUGUCUUUCUGGAAAUUGCGUCUGAGCGCCAGCCGCACGCCGACGCGGCGUACUCGGUCUCUGUGGCCGACGAUGCUGUGCCGGCGUACGCCUUCCCCAUUGGCGUCCUUGCCGCCGUGCUCCUCAUUGCCGCCGCGCCGCUCACCCACGGCAUGGUCGGCUCGCGCAAGUACCGCAAUCUAUACCGGUUCUACCAGCCUUUCCGCGGCGGCUCGGUCUAUGUCCUGUUGCAAGCGCUCGGGUGGUCUAUGUACGGCGUCUUCCUCCUCCUCUCGCUCUACGUCGGCUAUCUCUUUGCCACCAAGGUCAACAUUGUGGCCGGCCUCAUCACCUCGGUCGGGACCGCUGGCCUGGUGGCGCAGGUCCUCCUCUUUGUCUCAGUCUUUUGGUUCCGCUACGAGCCGACGUCGUCGUCCGACUCGGCAGUCCUCGGCACAUCGCUGACCGAGCUCGCGCUCGACGUCCGCGCCUUUCUGGUCGCUAACUUUCUAUUCCAGUUCCCGCUCGUCGAGUUUGUGGUCCUCCUCUGCCUCUGCUGGGCGCUCCAGGCCCGCGGCAUCAUUGCCUUUGCGCUCUUUGUCACCCUCCUGGUUGGUUCCAACUUUGCCUUUGCUCUCCUCUGCAUGCUCGCCGGCGUCCUUCACACUCCGGGUCUGCUCGUCGUCACCGUCCUCUUCAUCCUCUACUGGCAUACCUACAAGGACGCGCCGCACGUCACCGGCGCCCAUCGCUGGGAAUGGUGGUGCACUCGCGACUGGCUCUGGUCGUCGGCCUCGCGCUACUUUUCGGCCACCGUCUUUGGCAAGCCGCUCGAUCCAAGCGCCACAUACCUGUUUGGCUUCCAUCCGCACGGCAUCUACCCGAUCACCUGCAUCUGGCUUGGCCUCUGCCGCGAGUGGCGCGAGGCGCAACCGGGCGUUACCUUUGACUCGCUCGCUGCCACGAUUGUCUGCCGCACUCCGUUUAUGCGCGAUCUUGUGCUCUGGUCCGGCGUCCGCGACGUCUCGCGCCGCUCCAUCAACGCCGCCCUCGCCUCGGAGCGGUCGGUCAUGCUGGUGCCUGGCGGACAGGCCGAAAUGUUCCUCCACACUGACGACCCCAAUGUGGUUCACUGCGUCACCCGCCACAAGGGCUUUGUCCGUCUCGCCGUCCAGAACGGCGUUGCCCUCGUCCCCAUCUUCUCCUUUGGUGAGAACCAGAUCCUCUCCAACGUCCAUCUGCCCAAGCUCCAAUCGUGGACCGUCAAGCACCUCGGCUUUGGCUUCCCGCACUUCCCCAUGGGCCGCAUGUACACAUCUAUGCCGGUCCCGACCAAGGUCACCAUCGCCGUUGGCGCCCCGGUCCCGGUCCCGCACAUCCCGCUCAACGAGCAGAAAGAGAUGGACCCCGACGAGCUGGCCGAACUCAUCGACACCAUCCACGCUCGCUACUUUACCGAGCUCCUUGCGGUCUUUGACGCCUACAAGGCCGCCGCAGGCUGUCCGGACGCGGUCCUCAAGCUAGUUCCCGAGCUCGAUCCAGAGCUGGUUGCCGCCGCCGCCGCCGCCGCCGCCCUCGAAUGAGGCGGUCAUUGCUCCUCGCUAUUGAGCGCCAGCCGCUGAACUGUUGGCAGGCGGACCACCGGCCGGCUCGCCGUCCGCUUGUUGGCGGUCGGGACCUCGGUCACAAACGUGCCGCCCUGAGGCGCGGCCUCGCUCCGAAUCCGCAGCUUAAAAUGGGAUGGAUCAAUGUA